CCCCGCCUUCCCCGCAGCGCGGCGUCAGGUGCCGCGGAGCGCCCAGCGCGCCUGGAGCCGGAGCCGGAGCCGCGCUCGCCGCUGGCCGAGUGAGAAGAUGGCGGAGCCGGGGGCUGCGCGUACCUCCCCCCCCCCGCAGCUGCGGGCGCCAGUGGUCGAUGGAUUUCUGAAAACUGACGAAAGGCAAAGAUUAGCAAAAGAAAGAAGAGAAGAAAGAGAAAAAUAUCUAGCUGCCAGAGAGCAGCAGAUUUUGGAGAAGGAGAGAAGAGCAAAACUUCAGUAUGAAAAGCAAAUUGAAGAACGAUGGAGAAAACUGGAGGAACAGAGACAGAGAGAGGAGCAAAAGAGAGCAGCUGUUGAAGAGAAGAGGAAACAGAAGCUCAGAGAAGAGGAGGAACGUUUAGAAGCCAUGAUGCGUCGUUCAUUAGAACGUAGUCAGCAGCUGGAACAGAAACAGAAGCGAUGGUCAUGGGGAGGAGCACUGGCUGCAGGCUCAGGAGGGAGAGAUGGUGAAUCAGAAAAUACCCCACCCCCUCUCCUAGGUUUAGCUGCCAACACCCUUCCUCCAGACCCUGUGACCGCUACUGCUGCUGCUGAUUCCUACAAUGCAUGUGACAAACUUUCAGCUUCUACAAUGAAUCUGCCAAAGCAAAUGGAGUCACCAAUCAGUAAGCGUCUCUCCUCCUCCACAGCGGCAAUAACAUAUUCCCCUGACAGAGCUCACCGCAUGCACCUUAGUCCAGUGGAAAACUUUAUUGUUUCUCGACUGCUGACUCCCACACAGUCGUCUUUAGCCAGAAGCAGAAGUACAUUAAUGCUUUCUGAGCAAUACAAUGAUUCAGUAUUCCAUAUCUGUCCUCGUGUAGCACCAGCUAGUCCUCUUAAAUCUCCCUACAAGCCUUCCCCCAUCCGAAGUGCAGAAAGGAAGAAGGCAGCAUCAGCUUCCACUUCUGAUACCAUGAAAGGGGCAACUGCAGCUGAAGUUACACAGACUGAAAAGAUAAAGAGAGAGAAGCGACCCACAACACCUGUUUCAUCAUCUGGCGUGGGAUCCCCACUGAGAAGAUCUGAUUCUCCUGCAAGCAUGUCUAAAAGAUCUGCAUCACCUGCACCACCGAAGACAGUUACAAAGACGUAUAUACAGUCUCCUAAAAAUGUUAAACAAUAUCCUGCAUCUCCUGUGAAGCACCGUGUCACCUCUAAUCUCAACCAGGAGACUCCUAAAAAGAAAGCAGACAAGGAGAAAGAGAACACCAUUAGCCACAAACGCCAGCUAUCUUCCACUGAGGAGGAGGUGGGCCAAGCAGUUGCUGAGAAACAUGUGCCUUCUGCAGGAAAGACUGAAAGCGGUGAAGGGAAGCUCACAGCAGGAACUACUGAUGCAGAAGAAGCUACAAAAAUUCUGGCAGAGAAAAGACGGCAGGCUCGUCUGCUGAAAGAACAAGAAGAACAGGAGAGACAGGAGAGAGAAGAGCGGGAAAGGUACUUGCUAGAGGAGCUGAAAAAAAAGGCAGAAGAAGAAAGAAUUCGCCUAGAAGAAGAAGCUCUUAAGAGAGAGGAGGAAAGAAGGCGUGAAGAGGAAGAGGCUAGGAGAAAAGUAGAAGAGGAUGCCAGAAGGAGAGCUGAGGAAGAAAAAAUGCUAAAGGAAAAGCAAGAAGAACUACUGCAGGCCAAGCUUGAAAAACAGAGAGAAGAAGCUGAAGCAAAGGCCCGAGAGGCAGCUGAACACAUGCGGCUGGAAAGGGAACAAAUCAUGCAGCAGAUUGAGCAAGAAAGACUGGAGAGAAGAAGGUAGAGAAUAGAUGAAAUAAUGAAGAGAACAAGAAAGAGCGAAACACCAGAAGUAAAGAAGGAUGAGCCAAAACUGGAAAUACCAUCCACUUUGACUGUGGAAAAGCAACCAAAAACUCUUGUUCUCAGUCAAACAGAAAUCAAUGGACUGACAGCCUGCCAGGAGAGUAAAGGCUUAGGAUAUGCUGCCGCUGAAACACUGUCUCGAGAUAUAUUUUCUAAUGGACUUAAAUCAGUUACGGGGCUUAUUCAGCUGGAUGCCAUUGAUGGGAAAUCUAACAGCAUGGAUGAUUCAACAGAUGAGGUUCAGUCUAUGGAUGUGAGUCCUGUUUCAAAAGAAGAACUUGUCUCUAUCCCAGAAUUUUCACCCAUGAAUGAACUCAUUCCCGGUGUUUCUAUGGACCAAAAUGGAACAAGUAAUGCCAAGGCUCUUGAAGAUCUCUUGGAUUUCACAGGACAGGCCACUUACUCCAAGAUAUCCAGUGAAAACAUUAGCAUGGAUGAUUGUAACAAAAACUUGAUUGAUGGAUUUAACAGUCCUGGGCAGGAGAAUACACUUAACUCCAUCUGUUGACAACCACACAACUCUGUUGUACAGAUGAAGAGAAAGUAUUUGUGGAGGAUAUACGUCCUGUCAUGCUGCUGGCAGUAAAAUAUGAGCUUGUCAUCUGAAAGAGCUUCUGCAGUCUUUGAACACUGGAUUUCACAUAAUCAGAGCUGAAUAUAACUUAGUCUUCCCAAGUGGUAUGUUGAAUAACUGGCUGUUCUUGGUAGAUGCCAAGAAUCUAUAGCUUUGAAUGGUUUCAGGGAAGAUUCAUUGUUCUUUAGAAUUUGGGCUUCAUCUACUAAUAAAGCUCUUACUACUUUUUUUAAAUUUAAAUUUCAUCUGAAUACUUCACUGUGAUUUUUACCCUGUGUUUUAUUUUAAAAUCAUUCUUCCUUUAGUUUUAUCAUACAAGUACUUUGUCAUUUUUUGUAAAUACUAUAGAUUACCCACAGUGCAUUGAAAUUAAAUAAUGUACUGUACUUUAGCUCUGUGCCUAUUUUUUAAAUGGGAAAAAUAUUGACUAGUCUCAGCAACUCUUUUUGCAGGUGUACAAUUGCAAAACUAAACUGAGGAAGCAUGAAAACAAAUAAUUAUUCAACUUCUGGAAUCAAAGGAUCCUCCUUACAGACUGUGGAGGGUUAGAUUUAUCCCCCGCUACAAUGCAUCACAC